CUUCCUUUAUACGACUAUGAUAAUCACAUUUUGCAGCGCUCUGGAGAGGAAAAAUGAUCGUAGAUUGAACUCUCUCAAGACAUAGAGAGAGAGAGAGAGAGAGGAUUCUCCCAGAAUUCAGUGUUUUUCUUUACUGCCAUUUUUCUUUGAGGAUUUCGAUUCGUUCCAGGAAUCGAGACACAGAGGAAAUAAAAGAAAAGAAAAGAAAUCCUCCAUCCUCACCCACUUUGACUAACGUGCGCCGUUGCAGACACAAUCCCGACAUCAGCAUCUGGGUGUAGAGACUUCACUCGCAAAGAAACCCAAAAUGGAGGGCCUGGGUGAGCUGGGAAUGAUAGGCGAAAACUUCGAUCCCGGCUCAAUGGGAAGAGCUAGGGAAGACGAAUAUGAAAGCCGGUCUGGGAGUGAGAACUUUGAAGGUGCUUCUGGGGAUGAUCAAGAUACCCCAGGAGAUAAAUCUUCCAAGAGAAAGAAAUACCAUCGCCACACUCCCUAUCAAAUUCAAGAACUUGAAUCUGCUUUCAAGGAGAAUCCGCAUCCCGAUGAGAAGUCAAGAUUGGAACUUGGGAGGAGAUUGAACUUGGAAAGCAAGCAGGUUAAAUUCUGGUUCCAGAAUAGGAGAACCCAAAUGAAGACACAGUUAGAGAGGCACGAGAAUGCGAUUCUGAAACAGGAAAACGAUAAGCUGCGAAUAGAGAACAUUGCGAUGAAAGAAGCUAUGAGCACCCCAAUUUGCAACCAGUGUGGUGGGCAGGCGAUACUAGGCGAAGUUCAUGUCGAGGAGCAUCAUUUAAGGAUCGAGAAUGCGAGGCUGAGGGAUGAGCUUAAUAGGAUCUGUGUGCUUGCGAAUAAGUUUCUGGGAAAGCCGUUUUCUUCUUUCCCCGGUGCAAUGGCGCCGCCUGCAAUGGCGAAUUCCGGGUUGGAAUUGGCGGUGGGAAGGAACAGCUUUGGCGGGAUGAACCCGGUGGACAGUUCGUUGCCCCUUGGACUUGAUUUUGGCAAUGGGAUUUCGAGUGGUUUGCCUCUGAUGUCCUCGAGGGCUAAUCCAAAUAUGACUGGGGUAGAGGCAUCUUAUGAUAAAUCGGUGUUUAUGGAGCUCGCGUUUACUGCCAUGAAUGAGCUGCUGAAGCUUGCUGAAAUCGGGGAGCCUUUAUGGUACCGAAGCUUGGAUGGAUUCGGGGAAGCAUUGAAUCUUGAGGAAUUCGAUAGGACAUUUCAUUCUUGUCUUGGAAUGAGGCCAACUAACUUCAUAACUGAAGCAACUAGGGCGAGUGGCACCGUAAUUUUCAACAGCAUGGCCCUUGUGGAAACCUUAAUGGAUGCGAAUCGAUGGUCAGAAAUGUUUACUGGCCUUGUGGGAAGAGCCUCGAUCAUCGAUGUAAUUUCCAGCAACUCUAGUGGAAGCAGAAACGGUUUCUUGCAAUUGAUGCACGGUGAACUCCAAAUUCUUUCUCCAUUGGUACCCAUUCACCAUGUGAAAUUCCUUCGGUUUUGCAAGCAGCAUGCCGAGGGUGUCUGGGCGAUCGUUGAUGUUUCGGUUGACAUGAUCCGAGAAGGCACACAACCGCACGAAUUUCCCAGCUGCAGAAUUCUUCCUUCCGGGUGCAUUGUGCAAGAUAUGCCAAACGGUUAUUCCAAGGUUAUAUGGAUUCAGCAUAUGGAAUAUGAUGAUAGUACUGUCCACAAUUUCUUCCGACCGAUGAUUAGGUCCGGUAUGGGCUUUGGAGCGCAAAGGUGGCUUGCCACCCUUCAGAGGCAGUGCGAGUGCUUGGCAGUCAUAAUGUCUUCGUCGAUGCCUAGUACAGACAAUUCAGUUGUUAGUCAUGCUGGUCGGAGAAGUAUUGCGUCAUUGGCACAACGGAUGACCCGCAGCUUCUGUGCUGUGGUUUGUGGAAACAUUUACAAAUGGGAGCCGAUCCAAACGGGAAAUGGGGACGAUGCUGCGAGGUUGAACAUGCGUAAGAGCGUUGGUGAACCGGGAGAGCCCCCGGGUGUGGUCUUAAGUGCCACGAAGACCAUUUGGCUGCCGAUUUCGCGGCAGCAUUUGUUUGAUUUCCUAAGGAGCGAAGAAACGAGGAACCAAUGGGAUGUCUUAUCCAACGGCACCUUGCAACAGAUGAUCCACAUUUCUAAGGGCCAGGAUCCUGCCAACCAAAUAUCUCUAUAUCGAAACACUGCUUCUGCCAGCGUGAACCAGAACAGCAUGCUCAUUUUGCAAGAAUCGUGUAAUGACAUCUCGGGCUCCCUCAUCGCAUACGCUUCAGUUGGUGCACCCGAAAUGACAAUGGUGAUGAACGGAGGGGAUUCUUCGUGUGUAGCUCUCCUGCCAUCCGGAUUCUCUAUUGUUCCCGAUUGUUUUAAUAGCUCAGGCUGGCCCGACGAUCAUCCCAAAGGAACCCUCCCGAAAGAAGGUGGCCCGGGCAACAACAGCACCGGAGCUCUACUCACUGUCGGUUUCCAAAUGCUAGUGAGUAGCCUCCCUGGUGCCAAGCUCACGCUGGAGUCUGUCGAGACUGUAAACGCACUCAUCUCCCGUAUGGUUCUGGACAUCAAAGCUGCUUUCCAUUGCAACUGACAAACCCCAACGCCCGUGAGUAACAUUCCCCGCCCCGCCACACAUUUUCUAGCCUUUUUUUUUUUUUUCUGUUUUUUUUUUUUUUUUGGGUUAAAGAACCUUUUUACAUAUCAGAUGGUCAUAUUCAUAUUAUGAUAAUAUAAACACCAAGGAUGCAUAUUAGGAGCUUGAGAUUGAGACGAAAGUUGAUAGCACAGAGGGUUUUGAGUCAAGAACGAACCGAAGUGGAUCCUCGUACGGUGUUUUUGAGGGUAUUUUUAAGGUAAAAUACGGCUUGGCAUCAUCAAACUAUAGAGGGUGGUGGUUCGGGUAUUGACUCAGUUGAUCCGCAAAGACAAACUGCUCUUUGUAACUAUUUUUAUUUUUGUUUUUGUUUUGGUGUUGUCAGUAGUAUUGACAAGGAAUUCUUUUUGUCUUUCUGCUGCUUCAAUUUCUUUUCUUUAAUUACUGUUUUAUCAAUACAAAAAUGCGUGGUUUGUGGGUUUA